AAAAAAAAAAAAAAAAAAAAAAAAAACUCGAACCCUCACUUCCGACAUGGAAAUGGAGCAAGAAAACACUAAAGCCGUAGCGAAGAGGCUAUGGAAAAUCGUACGGAUACUCUUCUACGUGAUGAAAUCGGGCAUGUCCAAGAGCAAGCUCAAUCUCGAUCUAAACCUAAUCCUGAAGAAAAGCAACAAAGCCAUCACCAGCCUCACCCUCCGCCGCCACCGUGGCAGCUCCGGAGCCUACGCUGGCGCCAUCGCCUCCAUCACCUGCCGCUCCGACGCUGACGUCAUCUCCUCCGCCGUCGUCCUCCGCGAGUACGAGUUCAGCUGCAGCAACAGGCCCGCCGCGGCUGCCGUCCAGAGGGUUUUCAAGCUUCUGGGGGACAAUAACGGUCACAACAACGAUAACGAGUCAUCGUCAUUGACGGUGGCCGGAGAUUCUCCGCUGGUGGUUUUUCCGGCGGUGAGGGUGACGGACUCGCCGUUUCCCGCGAGGGAAGACGUCGGAGACGAUGACGUGGUGGACAAGGCGGCGGAGGAGUUCAUCAAGAGGUUCUACAAGAACCUAAAGCUACAGAAGAAGAUGGCUCCGACAGGUUUGGAGUCACCGUAUCAUUGCGGUUGGGACCGUUGAUUAUUGGACCACAUCGAAAUCGAUGGAUUUGAUCUCUCUCUCUCUCCCUCUUCUCGGAGAUUACACCUCGUUACAUUGAAGAAAACGAAGGGGCGGGGUGUCGGAGGUUUAAUUAAGAAGAAGUGGGGUGAUUGGGAAUAAAUGUAAAAUUAUGGGGGUACGGGUAAUUCCUCUUUUUAUAUACGAUUUGAUAAUCAAAUCACGAGUAAGUGCGCGGUCAAAUUCUUCUUAAAUAAAUGGCGAGGUUUCAAAAGUUUAUGAUAUUACAUUUGGUUCCCAGUA